AUGAAGCCUACUGACAUUGCAUUUGGUCUCGUCACACAUGCAUUUGCAGAUGCAUACCAUGAUGCCGUUAUACCAUUUCCUCCACCCUCAAACUUCAAACCACCUAAGGAGCAUGCUGCCGUUGCUUUGCUGGAGAAUAUACUACAUCAUGUCAUCUUUCCCAGCGACCUGUAUGGCACUGUACAUAUCAAUAGCCAAGACCCACCACACAUCGAAUCCUCUAUGAAAGCCGACAUCACAAUUAAAUACACCACUCACCUUCUGAAAAUUCAAAGCCUCAUCUUCAUCGAGGCGAAGCGGACCAAAAGGAACGAAUCGUACAACACACAAACCGUCGAGGCGCAAGCGCUUGACUACUGCAACGAAUUUUUCAACAAUCCUGCCAACAAGUGUGAUUUUAUUUACACAUGUACCUUAGUUGGCGUUCACAUCCGGCUAUGGCAAGUCUUGAAUGAGAUACAACGUGGAAAGGAACACCGCGAUCUCAUACCACUAUGGGGCAAUCCGGACCGCGGAAGUAAUAACCAGUACUUGAAUCUGGGAAACAACGAGCAUGCCAAAACCAUUUUGACCACUUUUCGAAGUUGCUUACAAAAUGCACCAAUUCAUUGGGUUGGCAAGAGCAGCUCUGAUCCGCCAGUGACAGCGACCACAAGUGCGAUUCAACUUCCCGAGAUCAACCCAGCACUUGCAACUCAGGGUGGCUUCACUGGGCUGCCAGCCAUGCAUCCCCCGCUUCCCAAUGCUCCGAUGCGCAUAUCCCGAGAUGGUGCAGACCCAUCGACGGGUAGUACGACAUUUCACCGCCCACCUGUUGGCUAUACCAAAGUUACCAAGUUUAUGCCUAAGACCCUGGACCGGUAUGUAUGGUUCAUUGGGACCGCACAUGCAAACAGUCCAUCGACCGCAUGGACCAUCAGAGGGAGUUUCCUCGUGAAUGAUGAGAGGAAAGUCUAUGCUGAUUCUACCACGCCCGGGCUUUACUCUGAGAUAAAGCUCAGCUAA